AUGACAACAAGACUAACGACAACAAGGCUGAUCACAACUAACAACACGACUAGUGACAACAAGACUAACAACAAGAAGACUAACGACAACAAGACUGAUCACAACAAGACUAACGACAACAAGACUGAUCACAGCAAGACUGGCAACGAUAUCAGCAACACUGCUGCCCCAGCAAAGGGUAACAGCAAAAAGUUAAAAAGAGGUCGCAAACCCAAUGGUGUGUGGAAAUGCACAGCAAAUGGAAAUCCUGAAGAGUUGGUAUUAACCAUAAUGGAAGAAGACUACUGGCUUACCGAUGAACAUAUUGUCCAUGCACAAUGGUUAUUGUCAAAACAAUUCCCAGACUCAAAAGGGCUACAUUCAGUUUUGGCCUUCGAAAGCAAACCCCCGAAAGUCCAGAAAGGUGACAAAGACUUUGUUCAAAUACUACAUGUUGGAGGAAAUCACUGGGUAACAGUCACAAACAUUGGGUGUCAGGAGAACAGAAUUAAAGUCUUCGAUUCUCUUCGUCAAAAACUUUCAAAGAAAGAGAAACAAAAACUUUGUUCGUGCUUAGCAGUGCUGCUCAACACCAGCUCAUCAAAUAUGGUCAUUGAGUGGCCGUCAAUGCAAAGACAAAGAGGUGAAUCCGAUUGUGGCCUUUUUGCUGUGGCAGUUGCAACUAGUCUUCUCAACGGAGAAGACCCAGGUUCCAAGAGCUAUGACCAGAGUGUCAUGAGAGGACAUUUGGCUGUUUGCUUCCACUGCGAAGAAUUGGCUGUAUUCCCAGCAGCAUCAUCAAAAUGUGUGAAUAAUGAUAAAAAGGAAGAGACUAUUGAGGUAUUCUGCCAUUGCAGAAUGCCAUUCAAAAAUGGUGAUUUCAUGAUUGAAUGCUCUGUUUGUUUGGAAUGGUUUCACCGAUCUUGUGACAAGGUCCCACGAACUGUCACUGACAAAACUUUAUUCCAUUGUAUGAACUGCAAAUAG